CCCGGCUCGACAUGUUGCGAAUCUGUUAAUAAACGAUAAAAUUUAAAAACGCUCCCAGGCACUACUAUCGAGAUUUCAAAUCUGAAUCCCUACCUCGACGCCGGCAGAGCUAUGGCUUGCCGGCGUCGGGAUAUCCUUUUCUUUCCUAGCUUCUCACUCUCAUCUUUCUUUCAUCGUUUCUAGGUUUUGUCCCAUGUUUGGCCUUUGUCUCAAUCAUCUGGAAACCUCACUCUUUGGAUAAUUUUGGAGGAAGAUUCAAGCUUUAGCGUCGGUGGAAGAAGGAGAUCAAGGAGGCGAUCUAAUGCAGUUCCCCUCCCUUCUUUCCAUAUGUCCAAAAGUUUACUGCCAAAAUCUAUCCAAGAGGAACCAUCUCCUUUGAGAAGCGCUUUAUUCAUCAAAUCCGAGAUCUACCUCGUUGUGCUUCUAACCACUACUAGUUCUAAAUCUGCCUUGACUUCCCUGAAAGUAUAUCAUCACCAAAACUCAAGACCGGCAAGACCGCCACUUCCCCAUAUGCUCCAACCAGAUCAUCCAUGGCUCAGGUGCAAGCUACUGGAAAACCUAUGGUGGUGGAAGACUCUUGGACUGGCUGUGUCUGCGCCGUCGACGGUGAAAGCAAGGCUACCGUAUUGCAAAACCCUAAUCUGGAUUGUGACCUCUUUUAUUGGGCUAGGCCCACGAAGUCAUCCACCUUUAGGCCUCAGUCUAACUUUCCAUCAUUUAAAGACCAACUUAAAAGGUAAUGGCUCUAUUCUAACAAACCUAAAGUCUAUUUACAUGACUAUUUUCAAAGCCCAUCUACCAAUUGAGUCCAGCUCCAGUUAUGGUAUAACACUAUCAAGCCCAAUAUUGUUGAUGUUUAUUAAGUCUGUUUUACUUGGCCGAAGACUCCUUGUUAAAAGACUAACGACAACUCCAGUUUGGUCGGAUAGUUACUUUUGGCAAGGUCUGAUGGAUUCUCACCAAUCACCUGUAGUUUCGAACAUAGGGUCUAUCUUAUUGUCUCAGUGCAAAUCCGACUACAAGCUUUGUGUGGAAUUCCUUAACCUCCAUGGCCGAUGGCUUCAUGUGAGGGAGGACCCACCUGCUCUGUUACGGUAUUGCUUUUACCUCCUCAAGUAUACCCUUCGGACAAUCCCAACCCCCACCCUUCCCCUCUCACCUAAUGAUUGUAAGCUUGGGUCUGUAUUAUUAUUUUGGUGUGUAACCGGCUACAAGCUUUGUGUGGAAUUCCUUAACCUCCAUGGCCGAUGGCUUCAUGUGAGGGAGGACCCACCUGCUUUGUUACGGUAUUACACAUAUCACUUGCGUUUCCUGCUUGUUGUUUCACCCAAUGCCCUGAGAUUUGAGUCUAACAGUGUGGAAAACCUUGAACAUGUGUUCUUGUUUAGUCUCUUGUUGGCGAGUUACCUACCAUGUAUCUCCCUUGUGGAGAACCUUUCUAAAAGCUCAUAUGCAUGUUUUGCGAGAGCUGUCUAUGAUCACUUGUUGGUCGAGGAAUUCGAGAAGUCUGCCUUCAUGUUCGAUUCCGCUUUGGUCCCAAAAGAUCUUUCAAGCAUUGCAAGUCUUUCAAAGUCAAGCACCAUCUUGAAAAACUCAUGGAACCACUAUCUCUAUUUGCUUUGUAUUUCUCUAACUUCAAUUUGUAUGAACUCCCCUCCUUUUGAGGGUUUAAGUUAAUGAAAUCCUUGUUUGACCAAAAAAAAAAAGACACCCGGCUCUAAUUUGACCUUAUUAAAUUAAACAUGUUCAAACAACUUCAUC